AUGAUGGAAGCGGCUGUCAAGCAUCAAACGGGGAUUCGACUUUACCGUGUUCAUGAUGAUUUCUGGUUCUGGGACUCUCAUCAAGACAAGGUAGUCCAAGCAUGGCGGGUGAUGAACGAAUAUGCCAGCUUGACCAACCUCCGAUUCAAUGUUGCAAAGUCUGGUUCUGCUGUAAUCAAUAGCCAGGGCAUGAGCAACACGUCUUCUAUUGCAUCAUUUGGACCAUCGCCUUUACCUCAAGCUAGAGUAUGGUGGGGAUCUCUGGUCUUCCGAGCGGACGGGCUUUUCCAAAUUGACCAUGCCUUAACAGAGCUUCAUAUUCAAGAGAUGCGACAAAAGCUAAAGACCAGCAAGACGGUUCUCAGCUGGGUCAAUGUAUAUAACAAGUACAUCGCUUUCUUCCUGCGAAGCUUUGGAUCGUGUGCUAAGGUUCUGGGAACUCAACAUUUAGACCAGAUUGGUGAAUGCAUGCAGAUGAUUCAAAGACGAGUAUUCCAGGAGCAACACGGCAAUGCUCUUUCUGCAUUGAAGAAGCAGUUUGAGGUUUUCCAAUCUACGGACAUUCUAGACAUGUGGGCAUACUGGCCACUUCCAGCAGGAGGACUCGGCAUGAAGAACUAUUUGAUGGAUAUUGGAGCCCUAAGAGAGACAUUCAUCAAGGUAGAGCACACUGACUUUACAGAUCUACCCAAGGAAGACAAGGUGCUGUGGGAAGAGCAAGAGAAGAAAAAAGAGCAAAGUCGCAAGCAAUUUCAUAUAACUAUAAAGGACUUGCAAGAUCCCUCCAAUGUACGUUAUAACCAAAGGCAUUUAUACUUCCCGUUGACAUUUGCGAUGUACUGUAAAGGACGAGAAAGGAUGCAUCGGCAUUGGUCCCGUCGAUUUCUCGAACUGUUGGAUGUUGUUGAACUUGCACAUCCAGUUCAACUGAGUGCCAGUGUAAAUAAUCAAUUGAACAAUCUACGGCUGGGUGAUGCUAACGAUAUUACUACCGCUAAACGUGUUGUUAGCCAUUAUGAUAAUCAGUUAGGCAAGGCUUGUGGAAGUUUGGAAUUUUUGGACAUGGCACUUAUACCCAAGAGUUUAGUUCAGUCCCUGAACAAAGCCAAGGUUCAGUGGGAUGCAUAA